GGUGGCGCCGCCGCUAUGAGCUGCACCAUCGAGAAGAUCCUGACCGACGCCAAGACGCUGCUGGAGCGGCUGCGGGAGCACGAUGCGGCCGCCGAGUCGCUGGUGGAUCAGUCGGCGGCGCUGCACCGGCGGGUGGCCGCCAUGCGGGAGGCGGGGACGGCGCUUCCGGACCAGGUCAGGCGGAGGUAUCAAGAGGAUGCCUCCGAUAUGAAGGACAUGUCCAAAUACAAACCUCACAUUCUGCUGUCCCAAGAGAACACACAGAUUAGAGACCUGCAGCAGGAAAACAGAGAGCUGUGGGUUUCCUUGGAGGAACACCAGGAUGCUUUGGAACUCAUCAUGAGCAAGUAUCGGAAACAGAUGUUACAGUUCAUGGUUGCUAAAAAAGCAGUGGAUACUGAACCAGUCCUGAAAGCUCACCAGUCUCACUCUGCAGAAAUCGAGAGUCAGAUUGACAGAAUCUGUGAAAUGGGAGAAGUAAUGAGGAAAGCAGUACAGAUGGAUGAUGACCAAUUUUGUAAGAUUCAGGAAAAAUUAGCCCAAUUAGAGCUUGAAAAUAAGGAACUUCGAGAAUUACUGUCCAUCAGCAGUGAGUCUCUUCAGGUCAGAAAGGAAAACUCAAUGGACACUGCUUCCCAAGCCAUCAAAUAACUGAACUCUAAAUGAUGGCUAGAGAUUGUCUAUCAAGGAAGGAAGUUAUUAUCUUCCCAUUCAAGUAUUGUCCAUUCAUUGUCUUGCCUCAGACUUGGAUUAGUGUUGACUAAAGGUAUCAGGUGGCAGUUUAGAAUUUCCAGUCAGUAUUGGCUGUCCACAAAAUGGUUUUCAGGUGUGUGUGAAUCAUGCUGAGUUUCACCAUUCCUUUCUUAAAGAGAUUACUUUUAAUUUUCAUUUCUGGGACCUUGAUUGAUAUGAACCAUGUUUUCAGUUCAUAUUUAUUUUUCACAACUCUGAAAUUUUGAACAUUUUAUUAUAAGCCAGUGAUUUUAUUUUAUAUAGCACUGUAAAACACACUAGAAUUUUUAAAAGAGAUUUAACUUUUUAAAUCUAUUUGGCAUAAACCUGGAUUUUUUCCAUUUGACAAAAGUAAUACAAUUGCACAGAACUACAGGGGCAGAUUCUCUGAUUUGCAAUGUCAUUCACUUGGGAAGUUUUUAAGUCUCUCUGGUGCUAAGAGUUGGCACUUCAUGGCCUGGUGUCUUUACCCUUAAUUUGAGAGAGGCUACUGCUAGUCCCUAGAAAACAUACUUGAAAAUAAGUCAAUUUUCUUUUUCCCAGUGAUAACAUAGUUGUCAUAUUGUUCAAAGUUUUUAUUGUUCAAAGCUUAGGAAGCUGUCCUGUAUAUGUAUAUGCACACAUAUGUGCUUAGUUCAAAUGCUAAAAGUAGCUUUUAUUUAUUCUAUUAAAUAUAAGUAAUCAAAAACAAAAAUAUCAAAUAAACACACAAAAUAUAUAUAUAUAUACGUAGUCAGUUUUUCAAUUUUGUCCAACUAGAAAAUCUUCAACUUACAUCACAUAUGCAGUGUGAAGAGUAUCUCAGGUGUAUUCCCAUCAUAGUUCUUAGGUCUGACAUUCUGCUGUUUAAUUUGAAUAGAACUUCUCUUUUAUAGUUAAGAACCAUCACUUACUUUGAUGUCUUUCAUUACUAGUGCUAAUAGUUGGCUUUCUUUUUAGAUCUGUUUUUUUAUACAGAAGCAGUUUUAUUACCUAAUGAGAAUUAUUACAUUCAUAAUCCUGUGUAGGCAACAACAGAGCAACAUUGAGAUUCAAACGCUGGGUGGUCAACCAGGUUCACUCAUCAGUUCACUUCCCUGUCCCAGUUUACUCAC